UCGACUGCGCAAUCCUUGGAGGCCCAGAGCUUGAUUCGAACCCUUUUGUUGGGGAUUGUGAAAUUUUUCAUCUUUUCUGUGGCUCAGUCAAGAUUGAUUUUAUUCAAGACCCAUGCCGAGCUAAUUCUUUCCACACUUGGUGUUCCUUCUGUUUUUAUAAUUGGUUCCUCAAAUUCUCUACCAUUACCCUUCAAGUUUUCUAAUUUUCUGAAAAAAGGGAAAGUGGAAAAGAACGCUGAGUGCGAUAGCCACUGACGGUUUCUUUCUUUUUCUUCCUACCUUCGCUUCACGAUAAAGCUUCUGGAAGAGGAAUUUUGGGUGAAUUACCCGAAACCGAGCCUAGGAAGGCCAGAGCUCUGUAACAGACUCUCUGGUUCGGAAUUUUGGACACCCAUUUGGGUUAACUGUGCAAUCAUGCAUCCUGAUGAUCAACAGCAGCAGCCGUUGAUAGAGGAGGAAGAAGAAGAAACUGCUUACGACUUGACGGAGAAGGUUGUGGUAAUUGGGAUUGAUGAAACGGAGUCUGAUUCGGAUGUGGGUUUGCUUCCGUUUUCAUGGAGGAAGCUGUGGCUGUUCACAGGGCCUGGGUUUUUAAUGAGUAUAGCGUUUUUAGAUCCUGGGAAUUUGGAGUCCAAUCUUCAGGCUGGUGCUACAGCUGGAUAUUCUUUGUUGUGGCUUCUGUUGUGGGCUACGGCCAUGGGGCUUUUGAUCCAGUUGCUUUCAGCUAGGCUUGGCGUUGCCACUGGAAGGCACUUGGCUGAGCUUUGUAGAGAAGAGUACCCAACUUGGGCGAGGAUUGUGCUGUGGGUCAUGGCGGAGUUUGCCCUCAUUGGGGCUGAUAUACAGGAAGUCAUUGGGAGUGCUAUUGCUAUUAAGAUUCUGAGUAAUGGAGCUUUGCCUCUCUGGGCUGGAGUUACCAUCACUGCUUUAGAUUGUUUUAUCUUCCUCUUUCUUGAGAACUAUGGUGUGAGGAAACUGGAGGCUGUUUUUGCUGUUCUUAUUGCUACAAUGGCACUCUCAUUUGCUUGGAUGUUUGGUGAUACUAAGCCUGAUGGGAAGGAGCUUCUAUUGGGUAUUUUGAUUCCAAAACUUAGCUCCAAGACAAUUAAACAGGCCGUUGCUGUUGUGGGGUGUAUCAUUAUGCCUCAUAAUGUAUUUUUGCACUCUGCUCUUGUGCAGUCUCGGGAUGUUGAUCCAAGUAAGAAAGGGAGAGUCCAAGAAGCUCUGAGAUACUACUCCAUUGAGUCCACUCUUGCGCUUCUUGUCUCCUUCAUCAUCAACUUGUUUGUUACAACUGUAUUUGCCAAAGCUUUCUACGGCACAGACAUAGCAAAUAGCAUUGGACUUGUAAAUGCAGGCCAAUAUCUUCAAGAUAAGUAUGGUGGAGGGCUUUUCCCCAUUUUGUACAUCUGGGCUAUUGGUUUAUUAGCUGCUGGCCAAAGUAGCACCAUCACUGGUACCUAUGCAGGACAGUUUAUAAUGAGUGGAUUCCUGAACUUGAAGUUGAAAAAAUGGCUAAGAGCUUUGAUAACUCGAAGCUUUGCAAUCGUGCCCACUAUGAUUGUUGCUCUUGUAUUCGAAACUUCUGACUCCAUGGUGGAUGUUCUGAAUGAAUGGCUUAACGUCCUCCAGUCAAUUCAGAUUCCCUUUGCUCUGAUUCCUCUUCUCUGUUUGGCUUCAAAGGAACAUCUAAUGGGUACUUUUAGAAUUGGCCCCGUUUUAAAGACAACCUCUUGGCUGGUGGCAGUCUUGGUCAUGGCCAUCAAUGGGUAUCUUCUGGUGAGCUUCUUCUCAUCGGAAGUGAAUGGAGUGGUCGUUGCCAUUUUUGUGUUUGUCUUCAUCGCUGCAUAUCUUGCCUUUGUUGUUUACCUCGUCUAUCGAAGUAUUUCAUUUACAAGUUGGCACAACUUCAUUAACCGGAAGACUUACGUGGGCAAUGGAAACUGAGUGAUCAUCUUCAACUUUGACUCUGACUUGUUUUAGAUUACAGAUUGAUGAUUGUCAAAUAAUUGCCUCAUCCUCCAGCAUUCGUUAAAAUGCUGUUGGAGAACACUUCCCAGAAGUAAUAUACCGGUCAGUUCAAGAUGUAUGAGUUGUGAUUUGACGAAAAGCUGUUUCGUGUAUUUUGUAUCAUAGUUGUUCAUUUUUCUGUUUUCAUACAGUCAAAUGAAAAAGCAGAUUGUAGGCUAUGGUGCGGCCUUAAAUAUGGUGGUGAUUUAAGUCUUUAUGUAGUUUUAGUAGUCAUAGGUUAGGAUAUAUUUGUCAUUCAGAGUGUUAUAAAUUUGCUUGGUACAGUAAAUCGAAUUUACUAAUCACUCGAUCUAAUACUGAAAUGGGAUCUUAAAUGAUUAAGCUCCUGUUUGGCAUUGAUUUUGUUUCUA